AUGAAUAAACAAUUUAAGGUAGCCUUGAUAGGUGAUUCCAGGAGUGGGAAGUCAUCACUGGUGAGAAGUUUAAAGGGAGAAGAGUUUUUAUACGAAACACAAGAAACUGUCGGAAUUGAUUUUUAUCAAAGAAUGUUAGAUUUCAAAAAUAUCAACUAUACAUUUAAACUUUAUGAUUCUAGUGGAUGUGAAGCUUACAGAUUAGUUUUAAAUAGAGUUUUGAGUCAAAUUGAUGCAGCAAUCAUUUGCUUCGAUGCAUCAUAAGACAAGUACUAAGAACAAAUAACGAGUUGGUGUCAUUUAAUAGAGAAUGAAUUAAGAACAAUACCAACUUUUCUAGUAGGGAAUAAAAUUGACAUACAAAAUUUUAGUUAAAUUUCGGAUAUAUCUUCAAAAUAUCCAGUUUUCUUUGUAUCAGCUAAGACAGGAGAAAACGUGUAGAAAUGUUUUAAUAAAAUAUUUCUCUCAUUGACACCUCAGAAGCACACUAUGAUUUAAAAAAGCCUGAGAAUAAAAAGAGCACUUGGGGAUUACUUUGUUCUUGUUGCAAAUCAGAAUGAGAAGAUGAUUCUAGAAUAUUUAUUGUUUAUUGUUUAUUAUUGUAUGCAUGAAUAAUAAUUAUGA